UUCUCCGCUGUUAGAAUUCACAUUUCUUUUCUAUCGAAAAUGAGUCGAAAAAGGAAAAAUGCCACUGAUGAGCUGCAACCAACAGAAAAAUUGACGAGUGAUGGGGAUUUAUUAGUCAAACAUCUGCUUGAAAAACAACUAUCUACACAAAGUAAUUUGCAAACCGAACUACAUCGUAAAAAGAUAUUCGUGUCCUCAGUUCAAUAUAAAUCAGUUAAUGAUUAUGUUUCUGGAAUAAGUUCACUCAAUGAAUUAGAAAACACAUCUCAAUAUGUACAGAAAUUGGAAGAGUUCACUGCAGCUGGUUUAAGUGAAGACGACUUAAAUUUUUAUUUGGAUAAUGAAGGAGGAAUUGAUAAUCUCAAAAUGAAACAUAAAAAUUUGAACAUUGAAAUGAUAGAAAAAAGAUUAGAGUUUAUUAAAGACAUUCUUCAUAAGUAUAGGACAACAAAUAAAAUUGAAGAACCUUCUGUUAGUACUAUAGGUAAGCUUCAAACUGAAUGCAUGCUUUCUAUAAAACCAAAUAGUGUUGAAACAAAUUUGUUGAAGUUCGCUCUCAACAAUAACAAAAGAAUGGAGGAACCUUGUGAUGCAAUUGAGUCUUUGAAAGAUUUCAUGAGCUCCCUAAACAAUGAAUCUGAUCAAUACAUUAAUAUAACAAAGUUGCAAAAAAAGGUUCAAAGGAGGUUAAGAGCACUAAGUAAAAAAGUAUCUUCAAUAACGUUACCAACAGUAAAACAAACUUUUGAGCUAUCUGAACCUUCAUUGUCAAAAAACUCAAAGUGGGAUAUUAAAUGUGAUGAAUCAAGAACAAAUUUGAAGGAAGAGCAACAUAUUGUAGAGAAAGCAGAAAAAACAUUAAAGGUCCCUACUUUGAGUAGGAAUGGAAAUUCAGAAACAGCUGUAUCCAAAACUCAGGAUGCAGGAAAUCGUUAUACAAUAAGAAAUGGAAAUAUUGUUAAUCUGAAAGACCUGAUAGACUUCACUCAGUGUAAAAAACUUAGUGAAGAAGAAUUAAGAAGUAUUCCUAAGUUUGCACAAUAUACAAAAGGUUCACCUUCAAAGAUAUUAUAUUUAAAAAAUAUUCAUUCUUUAUCUAGUUAUGAUCUGGAACAACUUUUUAAAUCAUUUAAUUUCGAAGCAAAAGCUAUCAAUAUUUUGAAAGGACGAAUGAAAGGUCAAGCUUUUGUAGAAAUUGAAAAUGCCCAGUUGGCUGAACAAGCUUUAGAACAAAUCAAUGGUCUGAUUGUAAAAAAUAAGCCUGUGAUUAUACAGUUCAGUACAAAAACUGAACUUCCUAAUAAAGUGUGAAAAUUA